GUGUGUGUGCGUACUUCUCAAGAUUUGCGGUUGGAGACGAAGAAGAAAAGGAGUUUACCUUGCUUGUGGGUUUCUCAACAUGGAUAUGGAUGUCCCAGAUUCUCCACUUGGGAAUAUGGGGCUGUUAAGGACCUUUGAUUCCUCUGAAUUUGGAAGCUGGGAGAAAAUAGGCUCAGGGGGAUUUGGACAAGUAUACAAAGUCCGGCAUGUACAGUGGAAAACAUGGCUGGCUAUCAAGUGCCCUCCCUGCCUUCAUAUGGAUGAUAAGGACCGUUCUGAGCUGCUCGAGGAAGCUAAAAAGAUGGAGGCAGCCAAGUUCCGAUACAUCCUGCCUGUGUACGGGAUCUGUGAGGACCCCCAGGGCCUCGUCAUGGAGUACAUGGAGACUGGCUCACUGGAAACCCUACUGGCCAAUGAGCCGCUGCCCUGGGAGCUCCGCUUUCGCAUUAUCCAUGAGACUGCCGUGGGAAUGAACUUCCUGCACUGCAUGAACCCACCGCUGCUCCAUCUGGACCUGAAGCCGGCCAACAUCUUGCUGGAUGCUCACUAUCAUGUCAAGAUAUCUGAUUUUGGCCUGGCCCGAUGGAACGGCCUGUCACGGGCUGAUGACAUCAGUAGAGAUGGCUUCUGUGGCACUAUUGCCUACCUUCCACCUGAGAGCAUCAUCGAGAAGGACAGAGUGUCAGACACCAAGCACGAUGUAUACAGUUUCUCUAUCGUCAUCUGGGGGAUUCUCACACAGAAGAAACCUUAUCAAGGAGAGAACAAUAUCCUGCAGAUCAUGGUGAAGGUGGUGAAAGGGGUACGUCCAGACCUGGGAGCAGUGCCACGCUGUCGACCGUCAGCCUGUGCAGGUUUCCUGAGCCUCAUGCAGCGAUGCUGGGCCACAAAGCCUGAAGCCAGACCCAGCUUCCAGGAAAUCACAUCGGAAGCGGAGGAGCUCUGCUCUAAACCUCAAGAGGAACCCAAAUCACCAACGUUAUCAACAUCUGAGCUAGAGCCCAUGUCCCCUAAAGCACUCAUUAGUGACCAGGUUAAUGACAACAAGCCAGUGCGUCCAAAGUCAGCCAUGUUGCCAGAAAAAGAUUACAGCCUGUCAGAGCUCCUGAGCCAGGUGGAUUCUGGGAUCUCUAGGAGCUUUGAUCGAGUGAAAGAGGAUAGCUGCCACAGCAAAGAGAGCACCUGCAAGAGACUGUCUGGGAUCUCCUCUGCAGACUCUGCCUUCUCAUCCCAAGACUCUAUCACACUGUCUUUUGAGAAAGAAGGCACAUGUGAUUCUGCUGAGGUUCAAAAGCGGAAGCUGUGUGAGGCCAUCAGGACCAAAGACACUGCCAAGCUGAUGAAGAUCCUCCAGCCUCAGGAUGUUGACCUUCUCCUUGAUGGAGGAGACAGCCUGCUCCACCAUGCCAUCAGCUUGGUUAAUGAGGAGGCUGUCAAGUUCCUCCUCCUGAACAAUGCCAAUCCUAACCUUGCAAACGCCCGUGGCUCGACACCACUCCAUCUGGCCACAGAGAAGCACCUGAAGUUGAUGGCAGAACUUCUGCUUGGUCGGCGCAGCACCAACGUGAAUGCCAAAGAUGAGGACCAAUACACAGCUUUACACUGGGCAGCUCAGAAUGGAGAUGAGGCUAUCACACGCCUGCUGCUUGACCGGGGGGCAGCCAUCAACGAGACCGAUGGACAGGGACGCACACCAGCUCACGUGGCCUGCCAGCAUGGCCAGGAAAAUGUAUUCCGGGUACUUCUGAGCCGUGGUGCUGAUGUUCAGGUCAAGGGCAAGGACAACUGGACGGCGCUCCACUAUGCUGCCUGGCAAGGGCAUCUGGGCAUUGUCAAGCUGCUGGUAAAGCAGGCCGGCGCCGACGUCGAUGGUCAAACGACAGAUGGCCGCACACCACUGCAUCUGGCAUCCCAGAGGGGGCAUUAUCGAGUGGCACGGAUCCUGAUUGAGCUAGGAGCGGACGUCCACACGACAUCAGCUGGGUUAAAGACACCACUGCAUGUGGCCGCUGAAACGGGUCACACCAGCACCUCUCGACUCUUGAUCAAACACAAGGCAGAUAUCAAUGCUCAGAGCACCCACGGACUCACUCCCCUCCACCUAGCCUCCCAGUGGGGCCACCUGCCCACAGUCAAGAUGUUGAUAGAAGAGGGGGCAGACCCCUACAAAGCCAACCACGCUCUACGAACCCCCUGCCACCUGGCGGCAGAGGGCGGACACUGUGAAGUCCUGAAAGAGCUGCUCCAUCACUGUCCAGAUGCUGGCACCCUGUCAGAUGAGCAGGGCCUCAACCCUUUACACCUGGCAUCGCAGGGCGGACACUUGAACAUCAUUACUAUGCUGCUGCCACAGGACUGCCAGGACUUAGUUACAGAGAGCUCAGUGCAACCAGCAGCUGAAGAGCCUGCACCAACAGAAGCGAGGCAUCUCCAAAGGAAGGUUGUCAUUCUCAAACUGACGGAGCACAGUGACAAAGACUGCCCACAAUCCAUCAGUGCACACUGUGCCUCAGCACCAUGCUAACAGGAGCAAAAAACUGUACAGGACUGUCUUUCACAAUUUUUCCCCCUACUCAUCUGCUGCCUCAGAGUUGGGCACGGGAUAGUGUUCCAGUCUUUUUUUUUUUUUUUUUUUUUUUCCCCAUUUAUCACCUUCAAGCACUGUAAUAUAGAUGGAAAAGCUCUGUAAAUACAUACACUGUAAAUAGAAAGUAUUAAUACCAUUUUGUGUUUGAAUUUAAAAUUUUGUUUACUUUUUUUACUUAACAAGCACAUUUCUGUUUUUGUGUUUUGUUUUUACAUAACAAGCAUUUGUUGCGUUUCAAAGUUUUAGUGAGGGAGCUCAUGAAAUACCAUUACUGCAGCUGGCAUGCUUGCCUGUAAGUUAUUUUUAAUAGACCUAAAACUUUUGUCCCAGCUAUUUUAAGCAUUUAGACAAAAAAAUCAUUCAGUGUUCUUUACUUGUUACAUAU